ACGGCCGGUAGAUUGUAUACUGAACAGGCAAUAAAUAAUAGUGGGUUCUUGUGUGUUAGAGUGUCAGAUUUCCUGGCGCGGCGCUCCAUAUUAAAUAUAUUAGCCUGCUCCAAACGGUUCUGUUUGCGGUCAUAUAUGCUAAUUGUUGAAGAAAUUAUGAAGAAUAUCGUGGCUAUUUUGUGUGUUCUGCUGCACGUCUCUUCCAACUCAGCUUUGUCAGAGAAACCGAAUGUUCUGUUCAUCGUGAUAGAUGAUUUACGAGCAUCCCUUGGAUGCUAUGGGGGUCCCAUCAUAUCACCAAACAUCGAUCAACUUGCAUCCAAAUCUGCUCUCUUCACCAACACCAUGGUGCAGCAAGCGGUGUGUGGCCCCAGCCGUACAUCGUUCUUGACGGGGCGUCGACCCGACACCACUAGGCUCUAUGACUUCGGGUCUUACUGGAGGACACAUGCAGGCAACUAUACAACCCUACCACAGCACUUCAAAGAGAACGGAUACUUCACAGCGUCAGUAGGAAAGGUUUUUCAUCCAGGCAUUGCGAGUGGUGGUAACGACGACUAUCCAUACAGCUGGUCUGUUCCGGCUUACCAUCCACCGACACAACAAUACCAGGCGAACAAGUUGUGUCCCAAUUUGGAUGGCACGCUUCACAAUAACGUAAUUUGUCCAGUCAAGGUAAGUGACAUGCCACAAAAAUCACUCCCGGAUAUCCAGUCUCUAGAAGUCUCAUCAUCUAUCCUGAAGAACCUAUCCGUAGCCCUACAUCCAACACACAAGCAAGGAAAACCGACUGAAACCGGUCAGUCAUCUCCCGACAUGCAACCGCCUUUUUUCUUGGCCGUUGGAUUUCACAAACCACACAUUCCGUGGAAGUACCCAGAGGAAUUCAAAUCAUUGUACCCGAUCGAGUCGGUUUCCAUUGCAACCAAUCCAUACCGACCUCCGACCCAGCCGGAUGUCGCCUAUGAGGAUUAUUACAAUAUGAGAACUUAUAGGGAAGAUGUGGCAGCUAUGAAUACGAGCUUCCCCUUUGGAACGAUACCACUUCAAUUCCAUGCUCCGAUGAGACAGAGCUACUAUGCUGCUGCAUCCUACAUGGAUUCCAUGGUGGGAAAACUUCUUCAAACCCUUAAUGAAACUGGCUUCUCAAACAAUACCAUCGUCGUUCUCUUUGGGGAUCAUGGAUGGCAAUUAGGUGAGCAUGCAGAAUGGUGCAAGUACUCUAACUAUGAACUGGCAACAAGAGUUCCUUUGAUCGUUCACAUUCCUGGUGUUACAGACAAGCCAAGGUCAUCGCCAAUCAAAAAUGAACUUCAAAAUUCUCUAAAGAUGAAUCAAUCUCAAGGCAAUGUAAAAUCAUCUGCUGACAGUGGAAUGGUUGUUACCGAGUUAGUAGAACUUGUUGAUCUGUUCCCCACACUCUCUGAGCUCGCUGGCAUCACUGUUCCACCUGUAUGUCCUCCAGAGCCUUUCAAUGUCACCUUAUGUUCCGAGGGGUACAGUUUCGCCCCUCUCCUGGAGCCAGUCCAAGGCUCCAACACCAUUCUGCAGAAAGAUGGCAUGGAGAAGUUGACUUCAAAGCGGUACAGCAGAUGGAAGAAUGCCACAUUCAGUCAGUAUCCUCGUCCAGGGGUAACCCCAAACUAUGAAACGGAUCUCCCUAGUCUGGUUGACAUUACUAUCAUGGGGUACUCCAUGAGGACCAAGGAUCACCAUUACACCGAAUGGAUAGGAUUCAAUCCAAAAACCUUCCAAGGUAACUGGACCGAUGUAAAGGCUACAGAACUUUACAUGAAUGGCUUGGACUACGACCAAAACCAAAAUGUUGCUGCUGAUCCACAGUUUAAGGACAUCGUCAAGCAACUCAGCUAUCAGUUACAGAUGGGCUGGCGCGAAAGCUUACCUGUCCCUGCAUAAAUCUCGAUGGAAUGCAUUUAUCGCCCUUCAUCUUAAAAAGCCAAGAAGUUGUCAGAACUACAACAACAUUUAAAAGUAAAAGCCAGAAUGUCUUUCUUUUUUUAAAACCCAUUCUAAAAAAUAUUCCACUUAACAAAAUGCCAAUACAUUUAUGUAACCGAAACAAAGAAGACAAUUUCAAUUACAAUUUCUCAAACAAUGUAUUUGUAAGUAAAUAUAAGUUGGCAUUUGAUUUUGAAUACAAUGUAAUGCGAAAUGAUAUUGAGAAAUGGUUGUAAACAUGCAAACUUCAGCCUUUGGAUUAAAGCAUGGUAUUCCAUGAUUACAGGGACUUCUAGUGUAACCAGCUGUCAACAAUUAUCUGUUGAGACCUGAACUAGCUAUUGUUCACAGUUGCACAAUGUAAACAACCAAAAAUAAUAAAACAAUUAAUAUAUUCAAUUUAAUUGAUUGUGGAACUAUGAAUGUAAAUUAAUGAAUAAAAAAAAGUGUAGUGAAUUGUGUUUAGAUAUUACAGAAUGCCUUGUAGGCGUUACAUAUUAUUUUCUCAUUUAAUUUCACAAUGAAAAUAUGUCAGGAGAGUUGGCAAUGUUGUUUAUAUUUUUAUUUCUUUACAAUUUUAUAUACGUGCAAGGUGUAUAUAUUAUUAAUCUAGAUAUACAUAUAUUGUUAUUUGUAUGAGGUAAUUUUACUAUUGUUUAUUAAUAAUUGAGUAAUCAACUUCAUAAGUGUUUUCCCGUGUUUAUAAGGUGUCAUUAAAUGGUGUGACCACUUUUCAAAUUGUAUAAACUAUGCUCUCAUUUCUAUAUUUUGUUCUUCUAUCUUUCAUCUUCCAAAGUGUAUAUACAUAUUUGGCGCCAUAUGAAAUAUGAAAGCUGAUAUUAAAUGACAAAAAGGUUGGUUUGGGGGGUUCUUUUUGUUGGAAAGUCAAUGUUCAUGUAAUGUCAACACUUGCAAUAAAUUGAAAUAAACUAUUGAAAGUUCAUUCAUAUUGUCUUUU